AUGGCGGUGGAUGGACAGUCACAACAGUUUCACAAACGGUUUAAUGGGUUUGUCGGAUUCUACAGGGGGUGGAAGGAGUACAAAAAUGGCUUCUUAUUAAAGCAUCUACAAACGUAACAUCAGCUAAUCCCAUACCGAUUACCCCAACUAUUAAGUUGCCGAGUGGUAAUGUAGUGCCAAUCCUUGAUAUCUCUCCUAAACAGAUCUAUCAAAUCUUUCUGCAGCAAAAGCAAAUUGCGCCCACCGCAAAACAGAAAUUAUCAAACAAGUACUCAAAUAUAGAUAUUGAUGAGGAAAAGGCUUACGCUUUGGCCUUUCAUUGCACUUUGGACACAAAGAUCAGGGAAUUUCAUUACAAAAUUUUAAAUUGUAGACUCUUUACAAACGUGAAACUUAAUUUAAUUGGUGUAGUGGAAUCGCCAAACUGCACUUUCUGUCAAGAAGCAGCGGAAUCUGUCGAGCAUUUACUCUUCUCCUGCAGGAUAUCUUCUGAGUUUUGGAAGCAUGUCUUGUCCUGGCUAAGAGAUAAUGAUGUUCAUGUUGAGACAAUUAAUGAGUCUGAUGUGAUAUUUGGAAAAUUUGAUAUUGUAGACGACUAUAUUCUAAUAAAUCAUAUUUUGUUAUUAGCUAAAUACUAUAUCUACUGUAGGAGAUGUCAUAAUAGCGUAACUUCAAUUAGAGGUUUUAUUGCUAUGGCAAGACGUGUCUUCAAUAUUGCGCUCCAUAUCGCCAGGGAGAAAAAUAAACUUCUUUUUCAUUAUCAAAAGUGGGAGAAGCUAACUUAUGUACUUUGUAGUAGUUGAUACACGUAGGUUCGUUAAAAUUAGUAGGCAUCUUUAUUGUUAUCGUGGUUGUUGUAAUAUAUACAUAUAAUUUCGUUGUUAUUGUUAUCCUUUAUCUUUUUUUUUUUAAGUAGAAUUGUAUAUUCAUUUAAUUAAUGUUUAUUCUUAAGUAACAUUGUAAAACUCGUCUUAAAUUCAAUAAAAAAAUUUAGCAAAAAAAAAACAAAACAAAAACAAAAACAAAAAUGGCUUUGGUGACCUCAGAGGAGAGUUUUGGCUUGGGAAGGAAAAGACUCAUCAACUGACGGAAAUUCCUAGCUACUUGUGUGUAGAGAUCAACACUACGUUCGCUGGGUAUAGAUACACCAGUUAUAGCAAUUUCACGGUCACUAAUGAAGCAUCUAACUACACACUGUUCAUUGGGUUUUAUUCUGGUACAGCAACUGACGAGCUUACUUAUCAUAGUUCCAGGCUUUUACUACUAAGGACCGUGAUAGUGACAAAAAGAGAAGUUACAAAUGUGCGGUGAAUUUUAGAGGAGCCUGGUGGUACAGUAGUUGUUACACUGGUUCAAGCCUGAAUAACAACUAUAGAGGAAACACUUACUAUGCGUGGAAUCUCCUUGGAAGUGAAAUGAAACUGAAGCCAAAGCAAAAGCCAAAGUAA